GGGGACCAGCGACGGGCCGGAGUAGCCCGGUUCCCGCCUGUCGCGCGGGUGUCGUGACGCGCGCAGCCUGGCGCGCUCCGAUGACGAUGCGGCGGUGUCAUGGCUGCUGUGCGGGAGAGAAGGUGAAGGCUGGAUCCACAUUGCCCCAGGAGCUGCCAGACCCAGACCCACCCAGAGAAGUGAGCACUGUGGAAAGCAGUCAUUGGCACGUGGGACAGAGGGAGCUGACCAUGCCUGGCUUGUGAAAACUUAACACUCAUCCUGAAAAGCGCAAUGUCCCUGUUGUUCACUCGCUCCAAGUCCAUAGUUGCUGUAAAGAAGGAUAAAAGACACAUGGCCGAGGUAAAUGCUUCUCCUCUCAAACAUUUUGUCACUGCAAAGAAGAAAAUCAAUGGCAUCUUUGAACAGUUGGCUGCAUAUAUCCAGGAGAGUUCCACAUUCCUGGAAGAAACACACAGGAAUGUGGAACUUGACCCUGUCACCACAGAAGAGCAGGUAUUGGAGGUCAAAGGAUACCUGUCAAAAGUCAGUGGCAUUAGUGAGGUGCUGGCACGGCGACACAUGAAAGUGGCUUUUUUUGGCAGGACAAGCAAUGGAAAAAGCACAGUGAUAAAUGCCAUGCUGUGGGAUAAAGUCCUUCCCUCAGGCAUUGGACACACCACUAAUUGUUUCCUGCGUGUGGAGGGGACGGAUGGUCACGAUGCCUUCCUACUUACUGAAGGCUCAGAGGAGAAGAGGAGUGUCAAGACAGUCAACCAACUGGCUCAUGCUCUCCAUCAAAAUGAAUUUCUGAAUGCUGGCAGCCUGGUCAGUGUGAUGUGGCCCAAUUCCAAAUGUCCUCUCUUAAAGGAUGAUCUAGUGCUUAUGGACAGCCCUGGCAUUGAUGUAACCACAGAACUGGACAGCUGGAUUGACAAGUUUUGUCUGGAUGCUGAUGUAUUUGUGUUGGUGGCAAACUCUGAGUCCACGCUGAUGCAAACGGAGAAGCAGUUCUUCCACAAAGUGAACGAGCGUCUGUCUCGCCCCAACAUUUUUAUCCUGAAUAACCGCUGGGAUGCAUCAGCUUCAGAACCUGAAUACAUGGAAGAGGUCCGUCGACAGCACAUGGAGCGCUGCACCAGUUUUCUAGUGGAUGAACUGGGUGUGGUGGAUCGAGCGCAGGCUGGGGACCGCAUCUUCUUUGUGUCAGCGAAGGAAGUGCUAAAUGCCAGGAUCCAGAAAGCUCAAGGGAUGCCGGAAGGAGGUGGAGCAUUGGCAGAAGGAUUUCAAGUAAGAAUGUUUGAGUUUCAAAACUUCGAGAGACGAUUUGAGGAAUGCAUCUCACAGUCUGCAGUGAAAACAAAGUUUGAGCAGCACACAGUGAGAGCCAAGCAGAUUGCUGAAGAUGUUCGCCUUAUCAUGGACUCUCUGCAUAUUGCUGCCCAGGAGCAGAGGGUUUACUGCCUGGAGAUGCGAGAGGAACGACAGGAGCGCUUGGGUUUUAUUGACAAACAGCUGGAGCUGCUCACUCAAGACUACAAGAUGAAAAUAAAACAGAUCACAGAAGAGGUAGAAAGACAGGUGUCGAAUGCAAUGGCUGAAGAGAUUAGGCGGCUCUCAGUGUUGGUAGAUGACUACCAGAUGGAUUUCCACCCAUCUCCAGUGGUCCUCAAAGUUUACAAGAAUGAACUACAUCGACACAUUGAGGAGGGUUUGGGCCGUAACAUGUCAGAUCGAUGUUCUAAUGCCAUCACUGGUUCCCUGCAAACCAUGCAACAAGAAAUGAUAGAUGGUUUAAAGCCCCUUCUCCCAGUCUCUCUCCGGGGUCAGAUAGACAUGCUGAUCCCCCGGCAAUGCUUCACACUCAGCUAUGACCUGAACUGUGACAAGCUUUGUGCCGACUUCCAGGAGGACGUUGAAUUCCAUUUUUCUCUUGGCUGGACAAUGCUUGUGAAUAGGUUUUUGGGACCAAAGAACAGUCGCCGGGCCUUGAUGGGCUAUAAUGACCAGAUUCAACGUCCUUUACCUUUAACCCCAGCGAAUCCCAGUCUGCCUCCCCUACCCCAGGGUUCUAUGACCCAGGAAGAGCUCAUGGUGUCUAUGGUGACUGGAUUGGCAUCACUGACUUCCAGAACUUCCAUGGGGAUCCUCGUGAUUGGUGGAGUGGUCUGGAAGGCUGUGGGCUGGAGAUUGAUUGCUCUCUCUUUUGGCCUUUACGGGCUCCUGUAUGUAUAUGAGCGCCUCACUUGGACUAUGAAAGCGAAGGAGAGAGCCUUCAAACGCCAGUUUGUGGAGUAUGCGAGUGAGAAACUGCAGCUCAUUGUCAGCUACACAGGCUCCAACUGCAGCCACCAAGUCCAACAGGAGCUUGCUGGGACAUUUGCUCACUUGUGUCAGCAGGUGGAUGUCACACGGGAGAAUCUUGAGCAGGAAAUUGCUGCCAUGAAUAAAAAAAUUGAAAUCUUGGACUCAUUGCAGAGCAAAGCAAAACUGCUCAGGAAUAAAGCAGGCUGGCUGGACAGUGAACUCAACAUGUUCACGCAUCAGUACCUGCAGCAGAGCAGAUAAUGUGAGAAGGCAAAAAACCAUUUCCCUUCAGUGCUCUCUUAACUGCUGCAGAGAACAUGGUGGGUGAUGGAAUCCCUAAGGAGCACGAGCAAAAGCAAGCUGUUGCGUGGUCUAUCACCAUGUGAACAACGGGAUUCUUCUUUCCCCUAUCAUGUCCAACCUCUCAACACACCUCUCUUCUUGCCUGCCAGGGAGAUUAGGAGGAAUUUCUGCUUCAUACACUUACAGGAGGCUUUUGUAAUGCAGAACGAAGUAGGGUAGUUUGUCAGUUGUUGGAAAAAAAAAAAAAUCUCACUAGUCACCAAAGUUCAUCAAGUUCAAAACUUCCCCCUUGAUGAAUUAUCACCUUAAUAUGUAAAGAUGGAUCUUGAUAAUCCUUUGAGGUAGUCACAAGAUCAGAUAUGUGUGUGAAAAGCGUCAUCUAAACGCAGGCCAUUGCCCCCUCCUCCUCCCACACAUCUAGAGGCCCAUAUGUCACUCUAACAGACCAUGCAGAGACCUGUCCACACUUCUUCGUUACUCUUCAAUUGCAAUACAGCGGGGGAGAGACUUGCUGGAGAGAGAGCGGAAGAGAGACUUGCUGCUCUUUUUCUUUCCAUGGAGAAGUGUCAGUGCAAAUAAGACCCAGGAGCAGAAAACAAAUCAUUUUUUUGAUUGUGGGUUGGGAUCCUGCUAUAGUAAAUUUCUUCUCCUGGUCUUUUUGGGUUUUGGGCAUCUUCCUCCUGCAAGCUCUUCAGUUUAAGAAAGCUCUUUGCCUAGCCCUGUGUUACUUGAGAGACAAAUCAUGGCAGAGACAAAACUGACUGACUGUCGUCAUGUAGUUAUUGUGGAGUUAGUGGAAUUAGGAGUUGCAUUUGGUGACCUGGUAAAUUGGUAUCUUAUUGAGAAAGAUAAGCAGGAUCUGAGAUGGGCCAGUCGGCAGGGUGUGAAUAGCUACUUUAUGAAAUAUAUAGACAAAUGUGUUUUUUAAAAGUGCGCGUUUUGGGAUGCAGGCUUCUGGAAUUCCAUUAUCACUACAUGGCCUUUAGGACAGGGUAGAUUACAAGCUGUAGGAGAUCUUGCUUCAUGUAGAGCUUCUAUAGGAUGUUACUGUCUGCAUUAAUAUGGUUCCAUUGGGGGGGAGUUAAACAGAAUGAAGAUGGGCUGAUCCAGUGCAGCUCAUAUGGCGCCAAGGAGUCGUGUAUUGGUGUGGGAAUUCCAUGCCAGGGAAGCAAUGGGUCACCAUAACUUUCUAAGCUUUGCUUUAUUUGUAAACAGAUCAGAUUGGUUUUGGGGUUUGCCCUAAAUGCAGUUUAAUUCUGAUCAUAUUCAGAACAAUGUGGUCCUGACCCUGUUACCAUUGAAACUGGGGGGUAAAACUCCUACUGAUUUCAAUAGCAGCAGGAUCAGGUUCCCCGCCGUUUGGGGAAAAUGCUUCUCCACCAUGUGUAGUGAUGGGGCUUUUCUUUUUCCCAUGGCAUGUCUCCAGAAGUCAGAGAUGUCUCCAAAGAAUCCAGAAUGAAAACUCUAAGGAGGUCCCAGCUGAGGUUAGAAAGACUGAAGGGAGUUUGUCAUAUUGACAAUGAUACUUGAAAAUGGUAUCAACAGGCUUUAGAAUGAUUUCUUGCUCAAGUACAGAUGUCGAUACCCAUGUGCCAGUAACCAGCGUACUUGCUUCUCAUCUAUUCCCGGAAAGGAGGAGGGAGAUGUUAUCCGGUGUCUGAGGGAGGAUAAAUAGUGAAGUAGCAUUAAGCCAGUUAGGUUAUUUUAACCUCAAAGCACUAGGAUUUGGGAUUUUCCAGUGGAUUAGCACAGAGUGUUAGUAGACUGAGUGUUCUGUUAAGUUCUUGUCACAAGAAGCAAGUCAGUUGCAUUUUGGGAUGGAAGGGAGGGGAAUAGAUUCUGCCAGGGGAUGGAUCAGGGCAUUAGCUAUGGGAUAAUGGAACAUUUCACUUCUAGCUUGCUGGUUUGAAUCCAACUCCAACUGGAAAGUCAUGGCCUUCUGAUGGCUCUUCAGUAGCCUUUGGGGAAUGAGAAUAAUUUAGUCUGUUUCCUAAAGAAUGUGCGUUUGCAUCAAAGUUGCCAUCACAGCUUGCAGUAACUUGUUCCUGAGCUCAAAGACUGAAUAGGAAAAGAGACUGAAUUCUUGCCUCUGCAGGUGGUUUCUCCAGGUCAUUGUUGUGGGUGUAUGUGUAAACAGAGGCAGCAGCAGCAGCAUGUUCUGUUGAUAAACACCCUUCAGACUGCAGGGCUGCUAAUCCAGCAUUACAGCAGGCUGUAUGGUUUGAAACAAUAGGCAGAUCCCUGCUGCAGUAGGAAAUUCUUUGUUCCCGAGUGCAGGAAGGAUAAUGCUGUGUUACAUGGGGCCUCUGGAAAGUGUUGAUGUGACUUUCUGGGACGUUCACCGCUUCAAGUGGCCAGGUCUUUGUGCAGACCCUAGGAGAUAAUCUAAUAAGUGGCAUAGGCUUCAAAUCAGAUAGUAUAUUGUGGUCUUUGAACCCCCUUUAGAGGAUGGUAGAAGCGAAACAGGGUAUCUUGCUAUUGAGUUGAUAUUGCUAAUGCUUUCUUCAGAGAUUUUUGGUGAGUUGGGCAUUCUCACUAUAGCAGUGAAACCCCUCGCUCUACAGGCCAGAUAAGAAUUACUUGAACCUUUUAUAAAGCAAAAUUGUUAACGCAGGCAGAGAAAUGUUAAGAGCAUCUAACCCUAGCCACCUACAGUCUGGAGAAGAUUGCCUUAUGCAUGUUAUAUUAACAGAAUCAAAGUUAAACAUAAUUGCCAUUUAAUUUGAUUCUUCUAAAACUAAAGCAAAGUACAACUGAACUCCUUUAAUACAGACGGGUGGAAGAGUUCACAGUGUUGCUGUAUAUUAUGGAGACAGUUCGCCUCUGCCUCCUAAUGGGGAGUGAUCAACUCUUAUGUAUGAGAGCAAAGGAUUGCAAGAACAGACUCCUCCAGGUUCAUAUUAAAGAAGUUUGGCUAAAUGCACUUUAUUUUAUUGCUGCUAAUUUACUUUUUUUUUUUUCUUGGUUAUUUUUGGUGUUGAGUUGAUGGAACUCUUAAAUCCUCUUAACAGUGAGUUUUCUCUCUGCUGUAUUUAAGAUGAUACAUUUGCAUGAAUUAUUCCUGUAUCAAUGCCGUUAACAUUGGAAACCAAAAUAAAAAUGAAUUGGGGGGGGAAAAAUUGUGUGUGUCUGUCCUACUAUCUCGAUACAAAAUCUUCAUGAGCUAGUUCAGUAAAUUCUGAAGAAAACGUGCUUUGGAGCAACAGUGAAUAGCUCUUAUUCAUCAUUUGUUGUUAAUAGCCUAUUGUUGAUCAUUUUAUAUUAACCACUUGGGAGUUCUCCACUGUACUGUCUUCACAGCAAAACUUGGCAGGCCCAGAUGUAUGAGAUCAUUUUAUCUCAUCGGGUGGGAUUCGAGUCUGAGAAGGAGGAACUGAAUCAGUGAUUUCUUGAGAAGAUUGCCUGAACUAUUAGUGGUUGACUAAUGCUAUGUAAAAGUUAAUCCUCACAUCAUCGGACAGAGGUUAAAGGCCAGAUUUCCAGGAAUGUUUGACCAACUGGGGCGCCUGCUGACUUCAGUUGGGAGUUGCGGGUGCUUAGCACUCCUGAAAAAUCAGAGCCAGAGUAAUGCAUCCAAGGCUACAGCACACGAGUGUUUCCGUGGUAGGGGUUUGAGCCUUUUCACUUGAACUGUGUCUAGAUUUUGUGAAACAUAAGGUCAGAAAUGGAGACCAUUCUGACAACUAAUAAAAUGCCUCAUACCCUUGAAGAUAUACUCAUCUCACGUG